UUGUAAUUUAUAAUGUUAUUAUCAUGAUUGUUUCAUUUUGUUUUCUAAGCUGUUAUUCUUAUGGUUUACCUUAAAUUCUUUUAUGUUUCAAAAAUAAUGGUGGAGAGCAAGAGCCCGAAAAGGUCGAUUAAGCGUUGGAUGCGAGUGUCCAGGUUAUAAAUUCGAGGAAAAAUUAACUUUAUAAAACAACAUGGAUCAGAAAGCAGUAAGUCCUCCAAAGAAGCCAAUGAGUCAAAUGUUGGAGAACAUUAACAGCAAGACUUCGAUAACAUGUACCAAUGUCCCUGAAGUUUUAUUCGAGGCUAAGGCAGCAGAAAAGCACUUUAGUAAAUUUGGCAAGGUUCAGAAGAUUUGUUUGUUGCCAAAGAAACAGAAAUGUAUAGUGGAAUAUCAUCAGACUGUGUCAGCGGAGAGAGCAGUGUUGAAUGCUGGGGCAUAUGAUGGGUUUAUGUUUGAUGUCACAAGGACUAAGCCGAGAGUAAGAACAAGAAGCAAAAGAGAGGAGGAUCCAGAGUGGUUGCCCGAUGAAGACUUACAGCAAGAGUUGUCAGCCAUGAGUGGUCUGCCCAUAUACAGACUGUCUAGACAGAAACCUAUGGAAUUGGACACCAUUCAAAAACCAGUGAAAGAAGCUAAGAAAGUAGUUAAAAGGAGUCCUAUUUCUACAAUGAAAGCUAGAGCCAAACCAGUUAUCACUCAGCCAGCAAGUGGCAGAGAGUCGCCUCCCGUGGCUGUAGUGACAGUGCCAACAACCCUCACCACUGUAGAGGCGGCCGAACAGCUUCACCAGUUGAGAUCCAAAAUAUCUCUGGCCCCCGACGACCAGUGGAGGAUUUUGGAUGCUAGAGAUAGGAUACUGAGGAGUUGGGGCGGAGCUGGUUCCCGGGUGAAGGUUGGUGGGGCUACCAUUGGCACCUGCCCAGACAUGUGUCCAGAGAAGGAGAGGUUACAUAGGCAGGCAGAACAUCAGGUGAUGACAUUAGAGACGGAAGUGGACUCGGACGGCAAGCUGGAGCCUGCGUGGGCGAUCAAGCAGUACAGCCGGAGUUCAGCCGACCAGGAGAUGCCCAUGUGCUACGAGCUCCGACCGCCCCGGGUGCUGCUGAUGACCGCUGAACAUCUACGGCAGAUCGCUGAUACACCCAGACAGGUGACAUUAGCUGAUUGGUUCCAUUUCAUGUGGGACAGAUUUCGCUCCAUACGGAAAGAUAUCACACAGCAGGCCCUGUGUUGUGCAGAUUCUAUUCGCCUCGUAGAGAUCUGUGCUCGGUUCCACGCCCACUGUGGGGCUCGGUUAGCUGACUUGGAGCAUACACAGUUUGAUCAGAAGCUAAACACCGAUAACCUGACCAAAUGCUUACAAACACUCAAGCACAUGUACGCUGACGUUCAACCGCACAUGAAACCAAAUGAAGCCGAGUUCAGAGGAUACAUUGCUUUGCUUAAUCUCGGAGAUGCUAACUUUUGGUGGGAGGUUAAGCAGCUGCCGCAAGAAAUACAAAAGUCAAAGUCCAUAACGUUUGCACUGGACGUAUUUGCUGCGUUAGACAACAAUAAUUACGUUAAAUUCUUUCGCCUAGUGCGAGAAGAGGCUACCUAUCUACAAGCAUGUAUUCUUCUACGAUAUUUCAACGACGUCCGUGCUCGAGCACUCGCCAGAAUCGUUAAAGCUUACGCACCGAAAGGAGGCUUCCUGUUCCCCGGUGAAUAUCUCAUGAAAAACCUGGCAUUCGAAAAUGUAGAGUCCAUGAGAGCAUUUAUUACACACUACGGUUUGAGAUUCGCCAAGAGCACAGAGGAGCUGUCCAUCGUUCUCAACAGAACACAGUUUAUAGAGGACAGCGAUCCGUUCCCUCUGUCGAGAGCGGUCAAUCUAAUAGAGUCUAAGAGAAAAAUGUCAGUCGGCGAUGUUAUAUGUGGUGGUAAACUACCAGCUUUCGAUGCAAACACCCAUAAUCUUUACUCGAGUUUUAAUAGGAAUGGUACUUUGAAAGAAACUGCGUUACUCGCUGAGGACUUAGGAUACAACACUAUUAACGAUACAAACACAGAUAUUAAGCAGUUGAAAGCGGAGUUAGCGAAGUUAUCGAAGGGGAAUGUCAUCUCGAGAGUAUUAGAAAAGGCAAUCGAACCUCCAAAAGUGGCUCCGAGUAAACCGUUAUUUGAUACCACUCCACGGAAAAUUCCUAAUUUUUUCGUAAUGCCUAAGGAAAUUGAGGAGGAAGAAUCUUUUUCUUUUCAACCAGCGAUACCUGUCGCAUCCAGUGAAGAAGUUAAACAUAUAAAUGAAAAAAUUGUAGGAAUUGACAAAGGAAAUCUUUUUACCUUUUCUAAGCCUCAACAGAUGGAGAAAAAUGUAUUUUCGUCAGGAAAUUUAUUUACAAAGAAGUUACCGGUUUCCAAUACGAUCGAUCAACCGAAAAAUAAUUCUGAUAUCUUCAACACCGCCAGUAAACCUGCAUCAGAGAAUUUUAAAAUCUCUAAAAAUCUUUUCGAGAAGUCAACGACUCCAAAAUCUAUAUUUGGCCAAGCUACAGAAAAGAAAAUCGAUGCUACCGUGGGUGACAGUAAAAAUAUAUUUGUAAGUGCUAACAAACAAAUACUAUCCACUACUACUUCGACUAAUGAAGCACUCGGUCCAAAAAGUAUAUUUUCUAAUGCCGGUAGUGGUGGUCUAUUUACAAAGCCUUAUGGUGCCUCAGAGAACAGUUCAAACAUAUUUACAAAAUCCCAAAUAGAUCCUGUAAAGAAUCCCACUGCUGUAUUUGGCUCCUUUAAGGACUCGUCGCAGAACGCAGUUACAACCAAUGGGGAUUCUGAAACUACUGCAGUUUCACCCGGCAGCUUGUUUAAAAGUGUGAAUCAGAAACCUAUAUUUCCUGCGACUACAAAAUAUUCUAUUUUUCAAUCUAAAAACAAAGCACCGACUGUUGCUGAGAGUAUUUUUAGUUCAGUGAAAAUGCCAAACAACAAUGUAUAUGACUUUGAUCAGAAAAGUAAUGAAUCUUUUGACCAAGCGGGAAGUGGGGAGACCGAUUUGCAGGAGCGAGCUAAAAUAGAAGAGAUGGAGCGACUGCUAGAGAUGCAACGACAGCAAGCCGAAGAGAAACGAAAACAAGAGGAAUUAAGGAAAAAACAGGAGGAGCAAAAAAGAAUUGAAGAACUUAAAAGAUUGGAAGAAGAAAAGAGGGAAAGAGAAAGAAAACAAGCAGAACUUAAAAAGAAAUUGGAAGAAGAGAAACUAGCUGAAGAGCGGCGAAAGGCCGAAGAAAAACGGAAAGCGGAAGAAAAACGUAUAGCUGAAGAAAAACGGAUAGCUGAAGAAAAGCGAAUAGCUGAAGAGAAACGAAAAGAAAAAGAAAGAUUAUUUAAAGAGCGGGUUGAAAGAGAAUCUGAUGAGCUCGUUAGUGAGUUACAGACUGACAUUGUAGACGAAACUGUCAGAAUAAUGUUACAAGAAGAAAUCGAAAUAAAAAAUAAAUUAUUUGCAUAUGCUGAAGAAGUGUGCAAUGAAUUUACUAACGAUUUAGUAAAUGAAAUUUGCAUGUCAGAAAUGAAAGCAGAAAUUUUCCGAAGUAAUAAAGUAAUGAAGAAAUGGUUUCAUGUUUGGAGAAACAAUUUUAUUAGGAACUACAAAAGGCGAAGUCUAUUAGAAGAUACUCCGAUUUGGUUAACUGACAAAACACCUCAAGAAGAAGCUCUUUGCCUGAGAAGAUCUAUUGAAAAGUCAUCCUUGAAAAAUAUGAACGCAAUUCACAGAGGUUACAAAUUUUCUGGAGAAUUGAAUGAAAUACCUACACCUAAAAGAUUUAAUUUAGUUGAUAUAAUUCGUUCAUCUUUCCUAAAGCGCAUGAAAGAAAUCCAGUAUCCGUAUGAUAAGUGUUUUUUCUGGAAACUAACAAUUAUUUCGCCUGAAUCAUCCAAAUGGUUUUACAAAAGAAUCAAUGUGAACAACUGGAUCACAAGUGCAUUCAGUGAUAAGAAAGAACAUGCUGCAAGUAAAAGUUUGUUGUAUGUCGGUAAAGAGUCUUGGAACAACCUCAUGGAUUUUGCAAUAUCUGUUAGUAUGUUCAGCGAGGAAAAUCCUACUUAUGUCACAGAAGCUAUUGAAGGAUCCCAUGGAAUUUUACAUUUUGUAACUGAUGAUCGAGAUAUCGAAAUUCUUGAAGAAGCAAUCAACAACAAGCACUCAUACCAGGUAAUACCUGUUGCUGUCAUGGUGCCAGAAGAAAUGCCUUUAAAUAGAUUAAAAGAAAUAUUACGUACAUACAAAAGCAGAAACAUUAUAUCAGACUUAUCAUUGUUUACAAUAGCGUCUGAUAAUUUAGCAGAAGCUGCAACUACGAUGACUAGAAAAGCCCUGAGAUGGCUAGCUAGGAACUAUCCCCGGCCGCCCCCGCUAGAAAUAGAUUGUUUGAAAUCAAUAUGUCAGAGAUAUUUAGGUAAUGAAAUAUGGUGCAGAUUAAAAUAUGAACCAAGGAAUAAAAAGAAUUUAGUGAAACUGAUUUUGUAUUAUAAUGAAGCAGUGUCAAAACUGACUGAAGUUAUUACAAACGAAGACUUGUUUAAUUACUCCACAUUUCCACUCGAGUUAAAGAAUUAUUUAAAUGAUAUGUCACCAUACCCAAAACCAUAUGAAUUUAUUUGUAGUAAUGUAAGGAAUUCUGAUAAUAUUUCUGCCAUUAAGCGAAUUAUGGAGAGGUUAAAGCUUCCGACGCCUAGAAUCCCUCCCACUGCGUUGACUGCUGCGAAUGUGCAGGAGCACGUCCAAAAGUAUUGUCAACAAAUAGGAUGGUUUGAGAACCCCGAGGAAGUUGCUUGUAAAGUUGUUGCACUGCUCCCGGAGGAAGUGUCCAUAGUAAAAAUGCCAUAUGAGGAGUUUAGUCAGAACUACCAUAAUUACGAUUUAAUAGAUGUAUUAAAUGUUAUAGUUUACGAAAAAAUAAAAGACUUACACAACUUCGACAAUACAUUUGCGAUAUAUCUCAAACCGGUUUUGGAGGAGUUUAGGAAUUUCAAUUGGUUACACGAUGUCGACGCGUACUCGGUAGAUAAUGAAGAUAUGAUUAACGAAGACGAUAUAGAUUUCUUUAUAGAAGCGAAACGGCGUAAAGUUGAGUUUGAUUCCAUGGAACCUCUUAUGUUGGGAGAUAAAGAUUGUACAAUGGUCGAAGAGAGUAUAGAAAGGGUCGAGAGUAACAUAAAAGUAUACAACUUCUGUGAGCACUCUAUUUUGCAGUUGGAGCAAGCACUCGAAGAGGAGAAGAAGAAAUCUGAAGCAUUGGAGAAUAUGAUAAGAUUGGCCUUGUAUCAAGCAUGAAUGCAUGUUAAUGAAUGAAAUAAUAAUAAAAUAAUUUUUUAAAGGUU